AUGAUGCACAGGGCGAAGAGCCUCCUCAGCCGAGUGCCUCCCAUGAGCAGGCACCCCCUGAGUCGCCACAUCAACACCAGUAGCGUGAAACUUAAGAUAGUAAAAUGCAAGCUGUUUGACAUCGGAGAGGGAAUUUCGGAGGUGGAAAUAACGCAGUGGAACAAAAACGAAGGAGACAACGUGAGCGAAAUGGAGACGCUCCUAACAGUCCAGAGCGACAAGGCGGCGGUGGAUAUAACGAGCAAGUACAGCGGGGUGCUGGUGAAGAGGUAUGCUGAGGAGAAGGACGUGAUUAAAAUUGGCUCGUACUUUUGCGAAAUCGACACGGAGGAUGAGGUGGGUGAGGCGGCGGAGGAGGUGGUCGCGAAUGAGGUCGCGGAUGAGGCGGACGGGAGGGUAGACCCAGGGGGGCCACUCUCACCAGCCAAAGUCACACAGCAGGGGAGCAAAGCCCCCACUGUGAAGGCCUCCCCCGGGGUUAAGAAAAAGGCCCAAGAGUACAAGCUUGACGUAGACGCGAUAGGAAGUUACUUCUCGAAAGAGGCCAUAACGAUGUUGGAUGUAGAGCUCUACCAUCAGAAGGUAAAAAGCGGAGAAAUCUCAAACGCAGGAAGUGACUUCAACGGAGAGGUCUUGGAGGAAGUGCCCCUGAAGGGAAUCAAACUAGCCAUGUGUAAGUGUAUGAAUGACUCGCUGAGUAUCCCCCUGUUUCACUUAAACGAAAAGUACAAUGUGCAAAAUUUGCUAAGUGCCAGAAAUGUAAUAAAGAAGAGCGUCCUGCAGAAGGACAACGUCAACGUGACGUUAACGAGUGUGCUCAUUAAGCUCAUCUCCACUGUGUUGAAGGACUUCCCAUUGCUAAACUCCAAAUUUGAUUCUCAAAAAAAUGCUUAUACUAUUUUUAAGAGCCAUAACGUGUGUGUGGCCAUGGACACCCCGAAUGGUUUGCUCGUGCCGAAUAUAAAACAGGUGGAGUCAAAAAACGUGGUUGAAAUUCAGAAGGAGCUGACGUCCCUACGUGAUAAAGCUUUGCAGAUGAAGCUGAGCAAAAGUGAUAUCUCAGGGGGGACCAUCACAGUUAGCAAUUUCGGGGUCAUAGGGGGCACCUUUGCCACUCCAAUUGUGUUUGAAAACCAGGCGUGCAUAAUUGGCCUUUCCAAAAUUCAGAAGCAGCUGUUAUUAAAAAAUGAGAAGAAAGAGCUGACUGCAUUAUCUGACAUCCUCGUCGCGGAUGUGAUGAACUUGACGUUUGGCGCGGACCACAGGUUCGUCGACGGGGCCACGCUGGCCCAGUUUUCGAAGAAGCUGAAGGAGGUCGUGGAGGGGGUCACCUCUCUCGACCCGUACGCGGCGUAG